CGCAGCUGUAUCUGCGUCGAGCGAACAGAAAGCACCAUGCGUAUUUGAGGCGACAGCUGAACCUGUCGCUGGCGCGCGCGGAAUGCGUUGGACGACAAAAGUAGUACUUUUAUGGAAGCUGGUUACGGAUAUGUAACCUCACCCAUUCGACUUUGAGUCGUCUCACAGUGAACAAGGCGCACACAUCACCGUCCUUUGACAAGUUGGGAUUUCUCAUCUUGCCAUUACUUUUGUUUUGAUCCACUAUUUGUACAGAAAAUUCCUAUGAUAAGGAGGAUAUUACACUGAAACAGGUAACAUUUGAAGAGGACCUUGUCAAUUUGUCAGAGUGGCGCAAACAUGACUGAGGUGGCACAGAAUGUUGCUGAUGUCGCAUACGACACGACUGAUGUGGCACGCGGCAUGAACGAUGUGGCACGCGACAUGAGUGACGUGGCACCCGAUAUGAAUGAUAAAGCGCAUGGCGACGUCGCGACCGAGUGGCACGGGCUUGGGGCACACAAAGAGGACGAUGCCCCACAUGACAAGCAUGAUGAGGCACUUAGCGAGAAUGAGGAAGAGGUUCACACCGAAGAGGACGAGGUUCACACAGAGCCUGAGGAGGAUGAGGAAGAUGAGGCACACAACAUGAGUGAGGUGGAGCACAGAGAAAAUGAUACGGCAAAGGACGAGCCAAUGCAAAGGUCAAGAUCGAGGAAGGACAAGAAUGAUGUGACACAAAAUGGUGUGGCUCAUGACAUGGACAAUGAAAAAGAGGAAGAAGAGAAAGACCAGUUACAGAACAUAUCUGAAGUGGCACUGAAACAAGAGAGACUCCUGCGCUUCAAAAAGCCGGUGGCCAGGAGCUACGUGCCCCAGAUUGGUAAGGCUGACGUGAAGAACAAGUUUGAGGCCAUGCAGAAGGCCAGGGAGGAGCGCAACAGUAGGAGGAGCCAGGAGGAGCACCAAAAGAGGAAGGAGCAGUAUGUCAAGGAGAGGGAAUACAACCGCAGGAAGCAACAGAUAAAAGAACUACUCGCCUCCAGUGAUGAGGAGGAGGAGGUGAAGCCAGCCAAGGUAGAGAAAUCCUACGUCCCCAAGAUCACAGGUAGCGUGAAGGGGAAGUUUGCUGAGAUGGAGAAGCAGAGACAGGAGGAGGAGAGGAAGAGGAUGGAGGAGGAGAGGAAGAAGCGCGCCACCCAGGACAUCAUGGAGAAAGCGAAGAUGCAGAAGGAGCUGGCCAAGAAAGCUGCAGAGGAGGGAGAUGACAGCAUCCUGGUCUGCGUGGUGCCGUCGAAGCCAUCGCGACCUCCAGGCAGGAUCAAGAUGAACUUUGAGGACCUGGAGAAGAACCGUGAGGAAGAGCUGAAGAGGAGGACUGAGGAGGAGAAGAAGAAGCGCUACAACGAGAACAAGCAGUCCUUCCGCGAGGCCAAGCGGCGCUCGGUUAUACAGGAUGAGGAUGAGGAGCAACCCACGGAGAAGGAACAGGUGAUUCCUGGGAAACUGAAGAUGACGUUUGAGGAGGCGGAGAAGGAGAGGCAGGAAAGGCUGAGGAAGCAAGCUGAGAGGGAAGCUAAACGACGUCUGCAAGAGGAGAAGAAAGCCUUCGAAGUGGCCAAGCUGGAAAUGGGCGACGAUGAGGAGGACUCACAAGGAGCUCAGGGCGAGAGAGAGGUGAUCCAGCCUGGUAAACUAAGGCUGAGCUUCGAGGAGCUUGAGAAACAGAGGGUAGAGAAUGAGCGUAAGGCAGCAGAGGCGGAGUACAAGAGACGAAUGGAAGAGGAGAGGAGGGCUUUCGCCGAGGCCAGGAAAAGCAUGAUAGUGGAUGAUGACGAUGAGGUGUUGCUGGCCAUGCUGAACCUGGAGGGCAGCAAGCCAGGGAAGCUGUGCAUCAGCUUCGAGGACAAGGAGCGUCAGAGGAGAGAGGCGGAGGAGAAGAAAGCAGAGGAGGAGGCCAAGAGGAGGCUGGAGGAGGAGAAGAGGCUCUUCGCAGAGGCCCGCAAGAAUAUGAGCCCCCUGGAUCGGGAAAAAUCUAAGACUUCAUAUCAAGAUGGAGAAGUGCUAGACGAGGAAGAGGAAGGGAUGUUCAAGAGCGAGUCCCAGGAAGCAUUGCACCCUGGGAAACUAGAGAUGAACUUUGAGGAGCUGCUGAAGCAGAAGGAGGAAGCCGAUAGGAAGCGCAAGGUGGAGGCGCGCAAAAAGAAAAUGGAGCAGGAGAAACUGGAGUUUGAGCAGCUCAGACAAGAGAUGGGAGAGGAUGAAGUGAAUGAGUGCUCUGAUACAGUGAGUAAGGAGUAUGAGGAGCUGAAGAAACUCAAGAGGACCGGCUCCAUCCAGGCCAAAAACCUCAAGUCCAAGUUUGAGAAGAUCAAGCAGUUGAAAGACGAGGAGAUCCAGAAAAAGAUUGAGGACGUGAGAGCAAAGAGAAAGGCCGUAGACGAGGAAAUCAAAGAGAGGGAAGAAGAGCGGAUCCAGGAGGAGGAUGAUGACGGCAAAAAGGACACAGAGAAGGGGGCUGAGGAGGCUCCGUUCAGACAGAAGGUGGACAUGCGUGCACGGUUCGAACAAAUGGCCAAAGCCAGAGAGGAGGAGGAGAGGAAAAAGGUGGAAGAACAGAAGCUGCAGAGGAUGCAGUUCGAGCAGCAAGAGAUUGACGCCGCUCUCCAAAAAAAAAGGGAAGAUGAGGAGGAGGAAGAGGGAAGCAUCAUCAAUGGCUCGGCAGCCUAUGAGGAUGAGGAGGACCACGCCAGGUCGGGGGCUCCGUGGUUUAAGAAGCCCCUGAAGAACCAAUCGGUGGUGGAUGCCGAGCCAGUUCGGUUCACGGUGAAGAUCACCGGGGAGCCCAAGCCGGAGGUAACCUGGUGGUUUGAGGGGGAGAUGCUCCAGGACUGUGAGGACUAUCAGUACAUAGAGAGAGGGGAGACAUUCUGCCUCUACCUGCCAGAAACCUUCCCUGAGGAUGAGGGAGAGUACAUGUGCAAAGCUGUCAACAGCAGAGGCACCGCUGCCAGCACCUGUAUCCUAACGAUAGAAACUGAGGACUACUGAUGCUUUCCUUUUUCUGGAACUUUCCCUGUCUCUCUCACUCUUUUUUGUAUAACGUAAUAUCUCAUGUUAGAGCCAAAAAGAGGAGGAAACAGCAGUAUGCUAGCCAUUCCUUCUAGGGAUACACACAAAAUGAAAAGUGCAAGAUCAUGUUGUUUACGUAUUGCUCAUCAUUCAUCCCUUUCAUUAUUAUGUUUAGGAGGAAAUUUGUGCCAAAUCACAUAUUGGUCCCAUGAGUGAUUGCUGCCAUGAAUGACGUUCAGAUUGAUUUUGUGAUCAUAUCAUAGAUCACAACGCUUGUGCAUCUGGGAAAAUGUCCCUUCAAAGGUCAAAUUUCAGAAAGUUUCAUUUGAGAAUAUGGUGCAAGCCAAUUCAAAGCCUUUUGAUAUCCCUGUGAAAUAGAUACAGCAGUAUGCACAAUCUAUCUGAAACAUUGGUUACUAAUAAAAAUAAUGGUCUAUUUAGGAUUUUUGUUUCUUUUCUUUUUUAAUAUUUUGUUAACCUAAAAGGUACACAAAGAAUUUUCAUAUCCCAAAAGCAUUAUAUAGUUGUAUGGUUUGAAAUAUAAUGACACAAUUGGUUUUAUGCUAGCCUAAAUAUUUGUGAUACGUUUAUUAAAAGUUUUAAUAAAAUGUGCUAAAUACCA